UAUAUAUUGAAGACCACGGGUGUCAACGUCACUGCUCCGGCCGUUGCAGUUUUCUCGUCCAGAGGUCCCAACCAGCAGUCCAGAACUAUUUUGAAGCCGGACGUCAUGGCGCCGGGAGUGAACAUCCUGGCAGCUUUCCCGCCGUAUCUACCCGGGGAAGAUAACUCAUACGGCCAUCCUUUCAGAUUCUUGAGUGGCACCUCCAUGGCUUGUCCCCAUGCCACCGCCACCGCCGCCUUUGUCAAGUCCCACCGACCACAUUGGUCUCCCGCCGCCGUCAAAUCCGCCCUCAUGACCACCGCGCGGGUUGCGAAAGAGCAAAAUCCACUGGCGGAGUACGCGUACGGGUCGGGCGAAAUCGACCCGGUGAAGGCACUGGAUCCGGGGCUGGUAUACGACAUGUCGUUUUUGGACUACGUCCGUUUUCUCUGCUCGGAGGGCUACUCCAACACGUCGUUGAGCAUAAUGACGGACGGAGGAGACGUGAGCUGCCCGUCGCCGUCUAAAUACUCCGACACCCGUGACUUCGUCAACUACCCGUCCAUGAACCUCCAGGUGGCACUCGACUCCACGUCACCGUACGCUGCCGUUUUCGAGCGCACAGUCACCAACGUGGGGCCAGCGAAGUCAACUUACGUGGCAACAACGACGGCUCCAGCAGGGAUGGAGAUAAGGGUGGUGCCGGCGAGGUUGGAGUUUGAGAAAGUGGGCGAGAAGAAGACGUUUAAGGUGGAAGUGAAUGGGCCGGCGCUGCAGCAGCUGGGCCAGGAGAUGGAUCAGGUUCUAUCGGGUUCUUUGGUGUGGGCCGGGUCGUCGGGUCAUCGAGUUCGGAGCCCAGUCGUGGUUUCUUUGGCUUUCGUUCCUCUCUAA